AUGGCACGACCCAGGCAAUUUGGCCGGCCUGCACGUGAGACAUAUCGAUUCCUGGAUGUCGUGUCACUGAAAGCUGACGGACCUCUUCGCAGUGGCCUGGUCAUCGCAACCUACCUUAUCAUCCGCGAAUCUCCUACGACCUUCGCCGCCGAUAAGCCAGUCCAUACCGCGAUCGCAACGUUUGCAAUAUGUGGAGCUACAGUACUUAUCGCAAGCCGAUCGUUACCCCGAAAAGCAGUGGUAUCGAGCAAGAGCGGAUACGACUUGGUGCCGUUGAACGAAGAAGGUCAUGCGAACGCCGCGAGAGAUGCCUCGCCUCUGCCUGUGCAUCAACGAUAUGAUGACGAUGGCGAUGAAGAGUUGGAUCAGCCCAGUCCUCGACAAUGGAGAUCGCUGUUUCUCGCGUUGGUCUUCUCUCUCUGUCUCAGAGCAGAAGUCUGGCAUCGAGUGGUGAAGAAUGUGCAGUGCAGUGGAAGGACGUGCACACCCAUCAUCCCGGUCUUGCUAGCAGCUUGGGAAUUCUGGAGAGGACACAGUGCCAGGAAGGCGAGACAAAGGAAAGCCACAAGAGUUUCUUCGGAUGACGAUGUGGAUGCAAGCGUGUACGAUGUUCUCCUGCGGCUGGUCGCCCAGAGUGCGGUGUCCGGUGUGGCUACUGCUUCUAUGGUUGGAUUUGGUGGGCUGUUGGCGCUGAACUCACUGGCGAGCCCUCAUGGAACAUACAUCUGCGCCGGGAAUUCUUCUGCAGGGCAGCUCCUGCCAUUUUCGGGAACAGUGUCAGAUGCAAUGAUUGCCAUGAUCGUUGGGCGAGUGGUUACAUCAGGAGGGAGGAGUUUGGCCUCGCGAUGCGCCCUUCUUGGAUGGGCUUUUAUGUUUUCUGCUACAUUCUUGUUUGGCAUUGGUGCGGUGUAUUACCUCGCAGAAGAGGCGGACCGCACUUGGAUUUUGACGAUACCCCGAUAUUACGUUUGGCAUGUUCUACGAUUGGAUGUUUAUAUUGCAUUUGCUCUUCUAUCCGCGUUCGCUAUGACACUGCAUGCAGGUCUGGUAACCACCUCUCUAAUUGUUGCAUUCACAUCGAUUGUGACUGCUGCGACACCCUCAGCCUGGACGAACCAGCACCCAUUCCCGCCAUAUUCUCUUGGUCUGGCAUAUUUGGGCAUCGCGAUUGCCAUUCUUGGACUGCUGGCAUAUUUGCAACUCGAGACGAUCUCCUCCGCAUCCUCUCCAAGGAGACGAUCACUCUUCUCUUCUCACCUCCCAGCUUGGCUGUAUAUCCUCCUUCUAGCCAUCUUUCUCACGUGGACGGGUCUCAAAAUCAACCACAGUACCUCUGUAUCCUACCACCCCAUCGACCUCCUCAUCUAUGAAGCUGAAAUGGCACAUGACAAAUAUGCCACGCAAGCCGGCGCCAGCAAAGACCUCAAACGAGCCACACAGAUCUACCGAAAUCGCUACGGCAGACAUCCUCCGCCCGGGUUCGAUCUCUGGUUCAAAUAUGCCACUGACAGGAAGUCCGUCAUCAUCGACGACUUCAACAGCAUCAACCGCGACUUGCUCCCCUUUUACGCUCUCACGCCACAGGAAAUUCGACACAGGACAUGGGAAAUGGUAGCCAACCAAUGGAAUUUCGCGGCAGGAAUCAGCAUCCGAUCAGGCAAAGUCUCCGUCAUGCCAAACAUUGCACCCACUCACGGCUGGAUGGGGGAGGGCGUGGCAGAGAUGAUUUCCAAAUUCUCCGAAUACCUCCCCGACAUGGACCUAGCAUUCAAUCUCAACGACGAAUCUCGUAUCGCUGUACCUCACGAUGAGAUUGAACGAAUGCGUCAGGUUGGACGAGGAGUCGUGCCUGCCGAGAAACCAAUCAAAACAUUCUCCGCCGACCGCGCUGCAACCUGGGAGGCGAUCGAACCUCCACUUACCACCUCACCUCUGGAAGAAUUCUCAUGGCAGCAGACCUUCCAUCGUUACGGCGCAGUCGGCUGUCCUCCCUCUUCUCCCGCCGUCAGAUCUCGGGUGUACGACACCUCGUCCCUCUGCACUUCCUGCGCCGCUCCACACUCCCUGGGCGCCUUCCUCUCCAACUGGACCCUCUCAUCCAACAUCUGCCACCAACCCGACCUCGCCAACCUACACGGCUUCUACCUUUCGCCCGCCUCGUUCAAGUCCUCUCACGAAUUAUACCCCAUAUUCUCCCAAAGCAAAGUCGGCGGCUUCAACGACAUCCUCUAUCCCUCGGCGUGGAACUAUCUCGACAAGGCCCUCUACUUUCCCACUGCCGAGCAUCCAGACAGACCCUGGGAAGAAAAGAGCAACACUCUCUUUUGGCGUGGCGCUACUUCCGAAGGCGUGUCGCAAGGUUGGGGUCAAUGGCAAGGUAUGACCCGCCAGCGCUUCGUUUAUCUCGCAAAUCACCCCGGCACACUUCACCCGAUUCUUCUCCCAAACCACCCUUCCACUCCGGACGAAAAGAAAAUGAGCUACCGACACCUCCCUCUAUUCUCCCUCUCCACGUCAAUAGACGUCAAGCAUACACACCCCAUCGUCCGCUGCGGCGGCGUCGACUGCGACGCUCAAGCGAUCCACCUCGCACCGCUGGCCGAGACGACUGUUGACUUCCAAGCUCACUGGCAACAUAAAUACCUACUCGACUUGGACGGAGCGGGGUUCAGUGGCCGCUUCUUACCUUUCCUGCGAAGUGGUAGUCUGGUGCUCAAAGCAGGACUAUUUCGGGAGUGGUGGGAAGAUCGCGUUAGGGCGUGGAAGCACUUCGUCCCUCUCGACGUUCGCGGCCAUGGACUGGCAGGAACGGUGGCAUAUCUUGGUGGCGUUGGCGAUGGGAACGAUGUGCAGGGGAUGAAGUGGGAAGCGAAGGACGCCGAGGCGAAGAGGAUCGCUGAGCAAGGCAAAGAGUGGGCGGAGAAAGUCAUGCGGAAAGAGGAUAUGGAGAUUUAUCUGUUUCGGUUGUUGUUGGAGUGGGGACGAUUGACGGAUGAUCGGAGGGAUGAGUUGGGAUUCGAGGUCUGA